GUAAAGGUUAAUGUUUAUUUUAGCUCCAUUUGGACCUCCUGAUUGUGUGUGGGUUAAAAUGGCCAAUCAGUCACCUGUGCCACCACAAGUUGUAGUUACUGAUGGGAAAUUAAAUGGUGAUCCUGUUUAUAUUGGAAGAGUAUAUGAUAAUGGUUAUUUUAUAGGAACAGCAGUUCCUAGUAAAGGAAUCUGCUCCUAUAUAAGUAAAGAUGGAGAGUUAAAAUCAUCAUCAUCAUAUGAAAUAUUAACAGUUGAAUGUGGUAGUCCACUUGAAUUUCGCAGUGAUGUCCAGUUCGAUGAUGCAUUACUUUUUGUAGCCGGUUGUGACGAAGAUGAAACCUUUUAUGUUGGUCGCUAUGUUGAUCAUGAGAAUACAUAUUUCGGCUGGGCCCAACCAUCAACCAAAAUCCUCUAUAUUCCUAGAGAUUCAAAACUAGGAUCUCAAAAAGCAAAAGAAAAUUAUGAUAUUAUGGUCCAUCGCUACCUGGAUCGCCUUUGCAUUUGCCCACCAUGUCCGCAUCCAGAAUGAGAUUCACAUAGUGGCUGUAUGUGUAGCUCUCUAUAGUUUUUUACUCUUUCAAAUGUUAAUUUUAAUAACUUAAAUCCAUAUAUUAUUUUUAAUCAUAUUUUUUUAUAAUUUGUAAAUUUAUAAAUGUUUUGGCUAUUUCUACCAAAGAUUGUGUUUACAUCUUUAAUGUUAAUCCAAAGAAAGACUGGCUUUUAUACUUAAUAUAGCAGCUAAAAUAGUUACAUUAUAAUAAAUUUUAAAGUUUUAUUUUAAAGUGCAUCAAUAAAAUAUAACGACACUUUUCGUACUUUAAUGUUCAGUAAAGAUGUGCUUAAAUAAGCACUUUUUUUAAAGAAAUCUUGCAUUUGAUGUAAAGUACGCUAUCUUGUUAUUUUUCAAGUUUAUAAUUAUAUGAACAAAAACACCUUAUUAAAAUUCAUUAUUAGAAGUCUUUUAUUUUUCUAAUUUGUUUCACUAACGUGUGUUGCAGCUAUGCAAAUGUACAGCUAGUCCUGUGAAUUAUUGUGUGACAUGAUUAGAUUGCAAUCGAUCAGUAUUUUCAAACUUGUGAUGUAUUGCUUUAUCUAAUGCAAGUUGUUAUGAAUAAAAUAUAUUCUGUUUCAAUUG